AUGAUUGCCAAUUUCCACGGCAAGGAAAAACUAUCUCUCCCCGACAGACGAAACUUACGGUUUCCAAUAAAGGUGAGUAUGGCUGCUACAUUGCAAUUCUGGCAGUCGUGGACAGGAACAAAUAGUAUUCAUUAUUAUUCUCCACAAAUAUUUAACAUGGUGGGGCUUAAGGGUACAUCUGCCGGACUUUUUGCAACGGGGAUCUAUGGCGUGGUGAAAGUGUGUAUCACGGCGUGGGGACUUAUGUUUUUUGCGACGGAACGGGUGGGGAGGAAAUGGUGUUUGGGUAUUGGGGGAAUGGGACAGGCGUUCGAUAUGUUCGACAUCGGCAUUAACCAAGCUGUCAACCCCCCUCAAAAAGAAAUGUCAGACUGGUAUAUCGCCUUCGCCGUAUCAAUGGUUAGUAGAUAUGCAGCGAAUCCUGACGAACCACACAUGAAAGCAGUUGAAAGAAUCUUCUGCUAUCCACACGGGACCCUCAACUUCACCCUCCUCUUUGAAGGAGAACUCAAGGCUUUGAGUGGCACCAUAUUCAACGCAAAGGUUCUUUUCCCCUUCAGCACGGUUACAUGCCUGUUUUCCGACGACUUUGGGGGAGCAGCAGAUAUUCUAGCACUGUGGCUGACUAGUCUCAAACGCCUUGCUACUAAUAUUCCUCCCUCUGCAAAUCCCAAAAUUUUUAUUCUUGGAAGCGCUGAGACACCUGCUUUUGACGGGAGCAAAAUGACUGAGAAGUUUAUUUCAAUAUUGAGCAGAGAUAUUGCGAAACGCGGUGGGGAAAAACUAAGCAAGAGUAAUCCCUACGGCCCUACGGGCACCUCAGGAGGGUAA